GAUAUUGUUUAGUUGACCAGUCAGUAGUCAAAGCAAGGUUUAGAUGAUUAAUUACUGGAUUGGGGCAUUUUUGCACCAGGAUCAUAGGGUUAGGUUCUGGUAAAGUGUUUGCAGGACCAGAACGGUGGUCCUGUACCCUCCUGGUCCUUACUUUUGCAUUUGUGGUAUGGUUUCUGUGUGUGCGCAAUGAUCUGCUUUGGUAUAUCUGUGUGGGCCCCCCAUUUUUGCUUUGCCAAUUUUAUUGCUGAGAAUAAUGAGAGGUUUGUGGUGUCCAGUCCAGCUUGUGGGUCUCAAUGCAAGAUCUAUAAACUUCUAGAGUGCAAGUUAAAAAUUAGCAAUGUCAAUGUUUGAUAGUGCUAUUUGUUACCGUAUUUACUGAUCACAUUACUGACUAAUGUCUUAAGUUGAGUGGGGUUUUUCGCGAAACCCACUUUUGCAAAUGGAUCUCGACUUUGGAGGAUGUGGUCAGUAAUGUGAUCAGUAAAUAUGGUUGCAUGAAGGUGACAUGUGUUGUUUGCACUUGGUGAAUUAAGGUUUAAAUUAGAAACUUUUUUAAGUGUGGCAUUCAAACUUGAGAUUUAUAGAAACCUAUGUAUAAUCUAUGCAAUCUAGCUUCUUUUAACAAAGAAACAUUUUAUGGGUGAGAAAUGCUAAGGAGACUUUCAAAAUAAGACUUGUUUUAUGUUGUCACGAGAAUUGACGUUAAACUGCGAGAUGACAGAAAGUUCACUGAGAGUUUCACUUUAAGAGUCUUCUUGAUGUAAUGAAUGAAUUACAAACCCUAGACUUGUGGGGUUGGAAUGCAAAAAAAUGGAGGGAAAUGAGGUUUGUCAAUAUAUGGGGGAGCGGGAAAAAAUGGCAGUUGGAGUCAAACAUUUGCCCGUUGGAUUACAAUAAUAGUCUGCAUGUCAUGUAAAAUCUGGCUCAGAUCUCUAUGACUUCUUCUGUACCAUGAAGUGUUAUCGAAUGGGGGUAAUUGUGUAAUUUCGUGUUUUAUAUUAUAACGGUGUGAUGCAUGUGAAGGGGGGAGGAAAAGAAUCCACCGCCUCUGGUUGUACUAAAAACCAUGAUUGUGGUGUAUAUGAUCCAAAUUUCCUAAUCAGGUUUUCACCAUGAUGGGUCCCAUGAAUUUCAGAUUUUCUGGUUUGGCAGGGAUUGCUUUAGGAACAUCACUGUUGUCCUAAGUUGGCUGCCUCAGGGAAUCCUAGGUUUGAUGCCCUUUGUUUAUUUUGUGCAUUGAACUUGGGAUCUCGGGUUCGAGCGAUGAAUGCUCUUGAUCAACUGAGCUACAAACCGUUUGCGUAUUUGUGUUUGUUUUUGGUCAGACAUAAGAUGGAUUCGGUGAGACCAUCCGCCGUGACCCCAAAUAAGAGUAGAUUGGCGCGUACUAUUGCUAAAGUUCUUCAUCUUCGGGCUGCAACAGGUAUUGCACCCGUUGAUGGGGUUCAGAAGGUUAAGUCCCAAGAAUUCGGAAUUCCAGAGGUGAAGUCGCAGGACUUCGGAGUUCAGAAGGUUAAGUCCCAAGCAUUCAAAGCUGAGAAGGUUAAGUCCCAGGAUUUUGGAGUUCAGAAGGUAAACUACCAAGAAAGUGGAGUUCAGAAGGUGAAGUCUCAAGAAAAUGGAAUUCAGAAAGUCAAGUCCCAAGAAAAGGUCAAGGAUAACUGGAAUGGUGGUAAGGUUAUGGUUGAUCGGUCUGAGCCAUUUGACAAGAAAAAUGAGGAGCUCCAGGAAAGAGUCGCCUUGGAGGCUCAUCUAGCGAAACUGUUUGCAGGCGUUUCAUCUGUUAAAGCUGCGUAUGCACAACUGCAGCAUUCUCAGUGUCCCUAUGAUGCUGAAGGAAUCCAAGCUGCUGACAAAGAGGUAGUCUCCGAAUUGAAGAACUUGUCUGAGUUGAAGCGUUGUUUCUUAAAAAGACAGUUCGAUCCUAAACCUGAGACUACCCUGGUUUUGGCGGAGAUCGAGGAGCAGAAGAGUGUUCUAAAAACCUAUGAAAUCAUGGGGAAAAAGUUGGAAUCUCAGGUGAGGCUGAAGGACUCUGAAAUUGUAUUUCUCGAAGAAAAGUUAGAGGAGGCCAAGGAUCAUAAUAAGUUGCUGGAGAAGCGAUUAAACCAGAACCAGAGUGGGCAGCUACAUGUGCUCGACAAUCUUCAUUUAUCUGCUUUAAGUCCUAGCCAUUUCAUUACAGUUCUUCGACACACGGUAAAGUCCAUCCGGAGCUUUGUUAGGAUGAUGGUGGAUGAUAUGAAAUCUGCCGGUUGGGACAUUCAUGCAGCAGCUAAAGCGAUUGACCGCGAUGUGCUUUAUUGGAAAGAAGAUCACAAGUGUUUUGCAUUUGAACACUCUGUUUGCAAGGAAAUGUUUGAUGCUUUCCAGUACCCCAACUUCUCACUUCCAAAUGAGUCCUUGCCGGAGAAAAAGAAACAACAGCAGCAGCUCUUUUUUGUGAGAUUCACGGAACUCAAAUCGAUGAAGCCGAAGGACUAUCUCUCCCAGAAUCCCAGAUCAGCAUUUGCCAAGUUCUGCCGUGUCAAGUACUUACGACUGGUUCAUCCCAAGAUGGAAACAUCAUUUUUCGGCAAUCUGAAUCAAAGAAACCUCAUCAAUGCAGGUGAGUUUCCGAGCUCUGAUUUCUUUGCUUCAUUUGCUGAAAUGGCAAAGCGUGUCUGGCUCCUGCAUUGCUUGGCCUUCUCCUUCGAUCCUGAAGCCGCAAUCUUCCAAGUAAGCAAGGGAUGUCGAUUUUCAGAAGUGUACAUGGACAGCUUAGAUGACGGAGGGUUCCUCUCAACAGCAUCUGAACCGCAAGUGGGAUUCACGGUUGUUCCGGGAUUCAGACUCGGUAAAACUGUCAUUCAGUGCCAAGUAUACCUCACUCGGUUGCAAUCCACUCCGAGAAAGCAAAGGGAAGCAGUCAAUCAAUGAUCAUUCAUUCGCUCCGAGCUGAGAUUGUUCGGAGAAGAAACACGCCCCCAGGCCCACAACAUCGGAUAUACCAAACAGGAACACAGCCUGUUUGGUUCCAAACGAAGUUGUGGGUAAUUCCAACUUGGUCACUUUGGAGAUUUCAUCCUCCAUAUUUUGAUAAAGGGAAAGCGCGUUGGACCCUUGUGUUGGAAGCGAUCUUUUGAGUCAUUUGUUUUGAGUUUUUUAAAUUUUCAUCCAAGGCAAUCCCUAAAUUUUGUUAAUACUAGGUCAGCGACAGAGGGAUUGUCUAGCUGUUUGUUUUGCAUUGUUUGUUAAGCAUACAUGGGCAUGUUUUUCAAUCAUGUAAAUAAUAAUAUAUAAUAUUGGCGGAAUUUUUUAUA